AUGCCGGACGAACGAAGCACUGAUAAUGUUGCUGCACUUGCUAAGAAAUGUGAAGAUCUUCUCAAAGGUUGCGUCAACGGAGAUUUUGAUGUCAAAGACUUUGCCCUCAAGCUUCAGGCUUUGGGGAUCACUCCUGAGGUCGUGGCCGACUAUGUCCAGCAACUGCAGCAGCGUCUCACACAAGCUGGUCCCAAAAGAUCUGGAGACAAUUGGCAAGACGACGACAAUGAGGGCAAUGGUGAUGAAGAUGACGCUGACGCGCCAGAGCGAGGGAGGACACCAGCAGGUCUCACCGCAGAACAAGUCAAAAAUUUCCGGAGGGAACAAGAACAGAGGUUGGCCAUGGAGGCAAAGGAGUGA